AUGGAAAAUAAUAAUAUCUACGUCAACGAAGAAGAAUACAAAAAUACUGAUUUAUUGAAUCAUUAUUUCGACCAACAAACACAACAACACCAACACCAACCAACCACCUAUUAUUUGUUCUUAAUUCUAUUCACAUUUUCGUAUUGCAAUCAGAUCCUCAUGAAGAUGCCUGAAUACAUGUAUUUGAACCAUUCCUCCUCUUCCUCGCAGUCUGCGUCGUCUUCAAACAACAAGAAGAACAUCAAUGAUACUGUCUCAUCGUCGUCGUCGUUGUCUGAAAUCCCUAGCUUUGACUUGGGAGGAUCUAGUAGUAGUGUUGGUUGUGGUGCAGGAGAGCUUCCUUUAUUAAGACUCGACCAAGAUGACAUGGAUUUCAAACCAAUUCGUAUUCUCGAUGAAAAUGGUUCACCACUCAAACAAUUCCGUGUCACCCUAAAGGCAAAAUCACCAAGAAUGUUGGGUGCUAAACAAUAA